CGUUCAAUUUGACAGACCACUAUUAGCCCUCACUGCUGACGAAUCAUCGCAGUAAUAAAUCAGAAUGCCUGAGUACAGCCAUACAGAAAGUACAGCAUUGUCAACUGAUGUAAAUAAUAACCCUGUGGUUGAAAGCGCUGGACAUGGAAAUGCUUCUGAUGAAGUUGCACCACCACAGAGGUUUAACAUUGCUCUUGCCUUAGCAAAGCCGUUCAAGGGUUUAUCAUCAGCCAGCGAGAAUAAUCUGCACAAAGCGAGCCGGUGCGGAGACUGCAAUUGGAUUUUACGAUGUCUUCUACAAAAUUGCCGAAAUGACGAAAACGAUGAUGAAAGUCCGCGAGAUGGCGGUAGCACUGCGCCAGAUAUCAACGAAAGAAACCGGUUAGGGGCUUCCCCUCUAUGGUUGGCAUCGUUAAUGGGUCAUGCUGAUGCUGUUGAAUUGCUCAUAAAACACGGUGCAGACCUCGAGACAGAGGACAUUAAAGGCCAAACUCCGCUCUUUGCUGCGACCAAGUUCAACCACGUUGAAUGUGUGAGGAUAUUACUUCAAGCUGGAGCUAAACCAGAUGGUAGCGACACCAAUAUUUCAACCCCUAUCUAUGUAACAGCAAGGGACAAUUACCCUGAUGUUAUGGAUCUUCUAAUCAGUUAUGGAGCAGACGUGAAUGGACGACAUGGGAAACACACACCUGGUGACGUCAGGGGGGAUUACCCUGGCAACCUGCCAAUCUAUAUGACUCUAGUGUAUCGUCACUUUGAGUGUUUUCGUCACCUGGUUAAAGGUGGAGCGGACCUUUGCUUGCCCCCAAGUCUAAAUGGGGCUGGGGGAAGCACCUCUCUUUUGUGUGGGGCACUACGGUACAUGUGUGACGUGCGAUACACUGAACUUCUCUCACUGUGUGGUGGUUUGGUGCAACAUCAUGAGGAAAUAUCAGAGUUGAUUCGAAUGUACAGGACCAGUGGUAGAACCAGAACUAGGGAGGAAACGCUUGAAUAUUUGGAAGAGUGGAAUUGUAACCCAAUGAAGUUGUCUGACCUCACCCGCAUAGUUAUUCGACAUAAUAUGGGCCAACAGAGAAUGAGAUUCAUAACUUCAUUAAGUCUUCCCAAGAGAUUGCAGGAUUUUCUAUCACUCAGAUUGUUGGAAACCUGAGUCUUCUGAAUUUUUCUGCUUUCUUACAAAUUAAUUUCUGUUAUCUACGUUUAUUUCAAUAAAACCUGUGACUUUCUUUUACAACAAUUG